AUGGUGGUCUUUGUUAUGGGUGCGCCAAGAGCCAAAAGUGGGGCCCCAAUAAGCCGUCCGAUCAUAUCUACGUUACGCGAUGUUUCGUAUCCCCAAUGGGUGUCCGUCCCUAGUGACUCACAGCGGAGCUUGGAGGCCUCACGCCCCACGUUAAAUGCUUCUCACUCCUACAACUGUCUCAGCCUGAGUAGUCGAGCAACACCCAUGUGUCGUCAAAGUCACACGGAUACCAUUGAUGGGGUAUUUGAAGCUGAACGACUCUGUGAAAUUCGCAGGCAAAAGGAACUCAUGUUGCAGGCAUGUUUGCUUGAAAUUGAGGAAUUGGUGAGCAUAAACUCUCAAAUAGGAAGAGCAGAAGCCUCUCCGCUUGAAACUGAGUCCAUGAUGUCUUUGUCCCGUCAGGCCUCACCAUGGAAGCUUUCCCAUACCCCAUCUUCCCUUCAUACCGGGCGGGCGUUGCUCUACAUCCACGAGUCACCUCAGUCAGUGCCACUCGUGCCUUGCCGAGGUGAUCUUGUUUACGCCACUCUCAAACACCGAUCUGUUGCCAUCGGUAGCCCCUCUGAAUGUUUUUUGCUGCUGACGCCGACACUGCGGUUGCCCCCUAUGGAUGCGAAACUGUUCGCCAUGAUAGUACUGGAGGAGAUGCUGGCACGGCACGAGUUGUUGCUUCGCGAGGACCGCUUGUGGCGGCGAAUUAAUGGUAAAGAGGCGGGCGCCUUUUUGCGAGUGCAGCUGGUCAUCCGCACCGGUGCACGCUUUCAUCACUCGCGGCUCUCUACCCUGAAAGACAUACGGCGCAAGGAGUUGGAGUACCUGAGAGAUGGUAUUUGCCGGCGUGCGGAUAAGCAGGAGGAGGAGCAUCGCAUAUUCAUGCACCAACUACCACCGGAGCGAUUGCCACCGCUUAAAAUCCCAACUUUGACCUCUGCUGGGCAACCGUACGGCCGUACUGCUGUGGACCACGCAGUCGCGCGAGCGUUAGCGGUGGAAGAACAGACGUGGACAGCGACAGCAAGGCGGAAGAAAUGUUUUUUCCCCCCUAUUGUUUAA